CUGCCCCACACUCGCCAUGCGUCCUGGGGCACUGUGGCCGCUGCUUUGGGGAGCCCUGGUCUGGGCGGUGGGAUCCGUGGGCGCCGUGAUGGGCUCGGGGGAUUCCGCGCCCGGCGGUGUGUGCUGGCUCCAGCAGGACAGAGAGGCCACCUGCAGCCUGGUGUUGAAGACGGGCGUCAGCCGAGAGGAGUGCUGCGCUUCCAGCAACAUCCACACGGCCUGGUCCAACUCCACUCACCCAGGCAAUAAAAUCAGCCUGCUGGGCUUCCUGGGCCUCGUCCACUGCCUCCCGUGCAAAGAUUCCUGCGACGGAGUGGAGUGCGGCCCCGGCAAGGCGUGCCGCAUGGUGGGGGGCCGUCCACACUGCGAGUGCGCACCCGACUGCGCGGGGCUUCCCGCGGGCUUGCAGGUCUGCGGCUCUGAUGGCGCCACCUACCGGGACGAGUGCGAGCUGCGCGCCGCGCGCUGCCGCGGACACCCUGACCUGCGCGUCAUGUACCCGGGCCGCUGCCAAAAGUCCUGCUCUCACGUAGUGUGCCCGCGCCCCCAGUCGUGCCUUGUGGACCAGACUGGCAGCGCGCACUGCGUGGUGUGUCGCGCUGCGCCCUGCCCGGUGCCUUCCAGCCCCGGCCAGGAGCUCUGUGGCAACAACAACGUUACCUAUAUCUCCUCCUGUCACCUGCGCCAGGCCACCUGCUUCCUGGGCCGCUCCAUUGGGGUUCGACACCCGGGCAUCUGCACAGGUGCCCCCAAAGUACCGCCAGAGGAGGAAGAGAACUUCCUGUGAGCUGCAGCAGCUGGUGU